AUGAAUAUUUCAAAACGGACACAGCUUGAGAAAAAAUGUCAACUGGAACAACAAGUAGCAUCAAUAAAGUUUGAUUUAAUCUAUAAAACUAUUUAUGAUCAGCUGAAAGAAUGGAAACUAUUAAUGAUUGAAAAACUUAAUUCUAUCCAUGAUAAAACAGUUGACGAAUUAGAUAUAUCGUAUACUCAACUAAAAAAUUUCAAAAUAAUUAUCGAUAAACUAUUAACGAAACAAAUUAGUGAACUACAAAAUUCGUCGAAUCUCUCUCGUGAAAAAAUGAAUGAAAUUAAAACAAAAUUAAAUCCAUUAUUGAACGAGAUUGAACAAUUUGAGCAUUUAUCAUUGAGAUUGAAUGAUGAACAAAUUCAAAUUAGUGGAAAGUUAAAUUUAUUAAAAAUUAGUCUUCCAUCCAUUGCUCACAAUGAGCAAACAUCACCAGUGGACACCUCAAUUGAACAAAAUUUAUCUUGUAAAACUAUCAAACAGAAAUAUCGUUUACUUAUUUCAAUUAAUCAUGCUUCAAAAUUAGAACAACUAAGUAAAUUGUCAUCAGUUCAUCUUUCACCGCUUAUAGAUAAAGUCCCAGAACGUAUUUUAACCAUAGAUGUUGAGAAACUAGUUUUAUUUCUUAAUAUAUUUGAUCAAAUAACAUCAUUAUUAAAUGAAGGAAAUGAAAUACGCGUACUUAUUCAUCACCAAUGUGCACCAUAUGUAAGUUUCGUUCCGUUGUACUAUUAUAACGGGUGCGCCAGAGGAAAUGAGUCCUUUAGUAUUUUUCAUUUUUCUCGUGUUCCUUUAAGAUCUUAAGGUUAAUG